AGUAGUUGCCAAGUUGCAACAUUCAAGAAAUGCCACUUUGUUCAGUGAAAAUGUGCCAACUCAAACAGUUUGUAUCCGUAAUCUUACUCUCACUUUUUCUGGUUAUGCAAGCGGAGGAACUCAAAUCCUCACAACCUUGUGAUUUUCCAGCAAUCUUCAACUUUGGUGACUCCAAUUCGGACACUGGUUGCAUGUCAGCAGCAUUUUACCCUGCCAUUCUGCCUUAUGGUGAGACUUUCUUCCAUGAGGCAGCUGGUAGAUCUUCUGAUGGCAGACUCAUCAUAGAUUUCAUUGCCAAUCACCUUGGUUUCCCACACUUGAGUGCAUACAUGGACUCAAUUGGAACAAGUUUUAGUCACGGUGCAAACUUCGCAGCAGGAUCAUCAACCAUAAGGCGCCAAAACAAAACCUUCUUUGAUGGUGGUAGUCCUUUCACUCUUGAAAUCCAGAUUGCACAGCAUAACCAGUUCAAGGCACGUACUGGGAAGUUAGACAAGCAAGCAAAUGGAAGAAACUUUCCUAGGCCAGAGGACUUUGCCAAGGCAGUCUACACACUUGAUAUUGGGCAAAAUGACAUUGCUGCUGCACUUCAAAAAGUUGGAGAGGAAGAUUCUGAAGCAGUGAUCACUGACAUAGUGGACCAUUUUGGAGAACAAGUUAAAAAUUUGUACAAUCAAGGAGCAAGGACAUUCUGGAUACAUAACACAGGCCCCAUUGGUUGCCUGCCAGUGGCCAUGCCUAUACACAAUGCCAAUAACCACAUUCCAGUGGCUGGUUAUCUUGAUCAAAACGGCUGUGUCAAAGUUCAAAACGACAUGGCUAAAGAGUUCAAUAAAAAGCUCAAGGAUAUAGUGGUUAAACUAAGGACACUGUUUCCUGAUGCCUCAUUCAUAUAUGUGGACAUGUUCUCUGCUAAGUAUGAGCUAAUCAGCAAUGCUAAAAAAGAAGGAUUUGUUGACCCUUCUAAAAUCUGCUGUGGACAUCAUGAGGAUGGUAAUCACUUAUACUGUGGGAACAAAGCAACGAUUAAUGGUAAAGAAAUUUUGGCUAGUUCCUGCGAUGACCCUUCAUCAUAUAUGAGCUGGGAUGGUGUGCACUACACUGAGGCAGCAGAUAUGUGGAUUGCUAAUAGAAUUGUGAACGGUUCAUUCUCAGAUCCACCAGUUCCCAUUACACAUUCAUGUCACUACUCAUUAGCAUAGACCACAGUUUUCUGACCUGUGGUAAUUAUGAUACAGAGCACAUGGGAAAUGCUCUGCAUUGCCAGCACCAGCAGGGGAUUAUCAAAUUGAUUUGUUAUUUUUAUUUUCCAACCAUAAUGUUUACACUUUUCUAGCCAAGAUAAAGGCAAGGAGAAAUACUAAGAAGACACUCUCACUCUUUUCAAUACAGUUUUUAUUAUCUGUGAAAUUCAUGUGCAUCUUACUAAAUUUGUUGUGAAUCUUAACUUCACCUAGCAAAGUUAUUCAGUUUUUCAUUAUCUAACUACUCCAACCCCUAGAAUAAAAAG